AGGACCCGCCCCCGCUGCAGUCGCUGGAGGAACUGGAAGUUAACCGUUCCUGCUGAGAAAUCCGUGUGUUUCCUUUGGCUGCUCCUAGGUGGGGGUUUGCUGUGGUCUAGCCUGGGAAGUAGGUCUAGCCCAAGUCCAGCCUGAACGGAGCGAGCCUGUCGCCAUGCCGGCUUGCUGCAGCUGGAACGAUGUCUUGCAGUAUGAGACAAACAAAGUCACCCGGAUCCAGAGCACGAAUUACGGCACCGUCAAGUGGAUCUUGCACAUGAUCGUCUUUUCCUACAUUAGCUUUGCUUUGGUGAGCGAUAAGCUGUACCAGCGGAAAGAGCCUGUUAUCAGCUCCGUGCACACCAAGGUCAAAGGCAUAGCAGAGGUGAUGGAGAAUGUCACAGAGGGUGGGGUGACGAAGUUAGUACCCAGCAUCUUUGACACUGCAGACUACACCUUCCCUUUGCAGGGGAACUCGUUCUUUGUCAUGACAAACUAUGUCAAGUCAGAAGGCCAAGUGCAGAAGCUGUGUCCUGAGUAUCCCAGGCGAGGUGCACAGUGCUCUUCUGACCGGCGUUGUAAAAAGGGAUGGAUGGACCCACAGAGCAAAGGAAUCCAGACUGGCAGGUGUGUUCCAUAUGACAAGACAAGGAAUACCUGUGAAGUCUCUGCCUGGUGUCCUACUGAGGAGGAGAAAGAAGCCCCCCGACCUGCACUCUUGAGGAGCGCCGAAAAUUUCACCGUACUCAUCAAGAAUAAUAUCCACUUCCCCGGCCACAACUAUACCACGAGAAACAUCUUGCCAACUAUGAACGGCUCUUGUACCUUUCACAAGACCUGGGACCCUCAGUGUUCCAUCUUCCGACUAGGGGACAUCUUCCAGGAAGCAGGAGAGAACUUUACAGAAGUAGCAGUUCAGGGAGGAAUCAUGGGUAUCGAGAUCUACUGGGAUUGCAACCUGGACAGCUGGUCCCAUCACUGUCAACCCAGGUACAGCUUCCGCCGCCUGGAUGACAAGAACACGGAUGAGUCCUUCGUCCCCGGCUACAACUUCAGAUAUGCCAAGUACUAUAAGGAGAACAACGUGGAAACGCGGACAUUGAUCAAAGCCUUCGGCAUCCGUUUUGACAUCCUGGUUUUUGGCACUGGAGGAAAAUUUGACAUCAUCCAGCUGGUUGUAUACAUUGGAUCCACCCUGUCCUACUUUGGCUUGGCCACUGUGUGCAUUGACUUGCUCAUCAACACAUACUCCAGUGCUUUCUGCAGGUCAGGGGUUUACCCCUACUGUAAGUGCUGUGAGCCCUGCACAGUGAACGAGUAUUACUACAGAAAGAAGUGUGAGCCCAUCAUGGAACCCAAGCCGACGUUGAAGUAUGUGUCCUUUGUGGACGAGCCGCACAUUCGCAUGGUGGACCAGCAGCUGCUUGGGAAAAGUCUGCAAGUUGUCAAAGGCCAAGAAGUUCCAAGACCCCAGAUGGACUUCUCAGACCUGUCUAAGCUGUCCCUAUCUCUCCACGACUCACCCCCAAUUCCUGGACAAUCUGAAGAAAUCCAGCUGCUCCAUGAAGAGGUGGCCCCUAGGUCCGGGGACAGCCCGAGUUGGUGCCAGUGUGGAAAUUGCCUCCCGUCUCGCCUACCGGAGCAACGCAGGGCCCUGGAGGAGCUGUGCUGCCGGAGGAAGCCGGGGCGGUGCAUCACCACCUCCAAGCUCUUCCAUAAGCUCGUGCUGUCCCGAGACGCCCUGCAGCUCCUCCUGCUUUACCAGGAUCCCUUGCUGGUGCUGGGGGAAGAGGCCACCAACAGUAGGCUGCGACACUGUGCUUACAGGUGCUACACCACCUGGCGCUUCAGCUCCCAGGACAUAGCCGACUUUGCCAUUCUGCCCAGCUGCUGCCGCUGGAGGAUCCGGAAAGAGUUCCCCAAGACCGAGGGGCAGUAUAGUGGCUUCAAGUAUCCCUACUGAUGGUACAGCUGCCACAUCAUGGUGGCUCACAAUACAGCUUCCCUUGGAAAGACCUAGAGACACGUUUUCAGCCCACGGGAACUUAAGGUUUGCUCCCUCGUAAGCUGUGUUGAAGAAGAGCUGAUUAGACCAAGGGCGAGCUCGCAAACCCUUCUCCACGUGCAUGAGAACCGGAUGCAGAUCUGAGCCUGCAGCCUGACCCUGGUCUGCGGCGCCACCCUCAGCUUAAAAUGUGUACAUAGGCUCCUCAUAUCCCAACCUCCCCGACCUACUUUCUCUGAACUAGCACUGUGGAGAUGGUGAAGGUGUUCUCUCCCGUCCACGUUUACACGGCUCCAUGGAUGCAAAGGUGCAACCCCGAAAACCAAACCUUUAGAGAUUUGAGAGUACUCUGAGAAAUUAAAUAUGGCCGCAAGUUCUUUGACAUCCUCCGCAACCCAACCCAUAAGACCCAAAGGUGGUUUUUUCUCUCCUCUCAUCCGGUAGCAGAUGUGACGUUACAUCUCUUAUUUGGGGCCCUUGUUUUAAGAGGCUAGCAACUUCUGAUUCCUAUGCUUAGAACUCUUGCUGAGAGGAAGCCAGCCCAAGUUAAGAGUCUGACAAUAAGAGCUUCUCCGCUGUGAAGAAGUCCAAGCAGCUCUAAUAAGGCGAAGUACCCAAUCCGAGCCAGCUCGUCACCUCUAAGUGCAGUUACCACACAGGGAGAGAAGCUGCCACUUUCAGGUGAUUUCAGAUCCGUGACUUAAACUGCAGGAGACGACUGCCCAGUCAGCCCCAAGGACCACUCUGCUGCCUUAAGUCAUUUGGGGGAGGUGGGUUGUCACACAGCAAUAGGCAACUGGGACAAGAGAUGCUGAGGCCCGGAGUUGCUACAAAAUAAAACAACUAUUUCUAUUGGGCAGCUGUAAGGGGUCACAUUAACCAGACUAGAAGCCAUCAAAUCUAACUGCAUACAAGUUACAGUCUGACCUGCAUUGCUCUCCUGUGGUUCCAAGUCACUAGUAUUGUGUGACACCGGUUGGUAAAAGCUGCCUCUGUGCCUUUCACGUCCCGGACUGUACAGCCAAUGAGUCCGAGGCAAUCUGAACGCUCCUUUAGAAAGUAGCCCAAGCUGCGAGGAGGGGAGUCAACCCAUGCUCAGAAGGCCGACUCAGGAAGGUUAGGCACUCUAGGCCAGCCUGAGCUACAUCCAUGACAUACCAUGUCUUUAUUUUUUAUUUUUGUAAGAUUUAUUUUAUGUUUGAGUGUUUAGCCUGCACCCAUGUGCGUGCCUGGUCCCGGUGGGGGUAAGAAGAGAGUGUCGGACCCCCUGGAACUGGAACUGCAGGUGGUUGGGAGCCACCAUGUUGAUGUUGGGAAGUGAACUUGAGUCCUCCACAAUAGCAACAAGGGCUCUUAACUACUGAGCCAUCUCUCCAUCUUCAAAACCAUGUCUUAAAAUCAUAAUCAUGAUAAUUAGAAAAGGGAGGGGAAGAGAGGCUAGGGAGAUGGUUCCAUGGAUUGGAGCAUUUUCUCCUCAAGCAUGAGGACCUAUGUCACAGCAGCCACAUAAAGUCUGGAUGUGGCCUGUCACCAUGGCUUGGCGGGGGCGGGGGGUGGGGGUGGGAAAAGAGCUUGCCUUGCAAUCUGAUGACCUUGAAACCCAUGGUGAAACUAGAGAGCCAUGUUCUCUGACUUUCACAUGAGCCACACACAUACACUCAUACACACACACACACACACACACAUCAUACAUGCACACUAAUAAUAAAUAAAAUAGAUGUAAUUUUUAAGGAAAGCCAGUGCCCUUCACCGUUUUCUACAACCACUAAACAUGGACGAGGGAACCUUCACAGGUUUGGGGUCCUGCCUCGGGAUUUCAUUUUGAUAGUUGUCUUUUUCUUCUAGACCUAGAUACUUGUUUCUCACAGAACAGAGACUUUGAGUAUUAUGAGAUGCCAUGGCUGACUCUAAAACUUGCGAUUUUGAGGCGUCUAAGAUCAAGAAGCCAUGCUCUCAAUGGAGAGGGUAGGGCUGAGGCGCCUUGGUGAAGGAGGCCCAUGCUCACAAGCCUAACAGAUGACCUCAGACGGAUGACCUCGGUUCCAUCCUCGGGACCCACACAGUGGAGACUCCCACAAACUGUCCUCCGACUUCCACAUGCAAGCAUGGCAUGUGUCCACUCCUAGUCUCCCAGUAAAUGAAUUUAAGUCCAUUUUCACUGUAUUUUUGUUUGUUUUUGUUUUUGUUGUUCUUUUUCAAGACUGGAAA